AUGGCAACGGUGGCGAAGUUGUUGACUAAGAAUCAAGCCGACGACGGCGUCAAAUAUCUCUUGAGUUAUUUAGUCACUUGGGGUCAAUACGUUUCUGCGAUUAGCUCAAUGUUUGGGGUGGAUACUGGGAAAACUCUCCAAGCCAAUGGAUUGUCUGAACAAAAUUUUAAUAUUUAUCCCUUUAUGACUCUCUUAGUUCCUCUUCAGAACUCGCCAUCCACUUCCCAAAUUGUGAAGCUGCCUCCGCCACUGUCGCAGCAGUCACCGCCAACUUCAAUUGCCCAUCCUCUAAACAGUAGCUCAAGAAAAACCUGGGUAUAUGCUCUCAUUGGAACUCUUGGCGGGUUUGCUCUAAUAGCUGUAUUUGGGCUGCUUAUAUUCUGGUUUCGUUUUGCUAAAAGAAAGAAGAAAGAAAAGGAUUCAUUUAUUGCAUCAGAAAGCUUUGAAUCAAUCGAGAAACCACUCGAGAAGAGGAAGAAGUUGGAGGAAGAAGACAUGUCUCAGAAUUUUCCUAGUAGUUUGAUUGGUGGAUCGGUUUACCGUGGUACGAUCAAAAGGGAUUAUGUUGCAAUUAAGAAGAUGAACGGAGAUGUGUCUGAGGAAAUUAAUCUACUGAACAAGAUCAGCAAUUUGAAUCUUUUCCGGCUUUCCGGGGGCAAACAAAAGAAGAAGUGUCUGGAUUGGAAGCAGAGAUUACAGAUUGGCUUGGAUGUGGCCAUGGGGUUUAAUUAUUUUCAUAGCUACAUUUCCCCUCCCCACAUGUACAAAAAUCUAAAAAGCAGCAAUGUUCUUCUUGAUGUUGAUUUCAAAGUGAAGAUCAGUAAUUUUGGGCUAGCAAGAUCAGCAGAUGGACAAGGAGGCCAGUUUGCCUUGACUAGGCACAUUAUUGGGACGAAAGGUUACAUGGCUCCUGAGUAUUUGGAGAAUGGUCUAGUAUCCACAAUGCUUGAUGUUUAUUCAUUUGGGGUUCUUCUGCUAGAGAUUUUCACUGGCAAAGAAGUCGCUAUCUUGUAUGAAGCUGUGAAUGUGAACUUGGCAAAGAUUCUGAGCCCUGUGCUUGACGAGAAAGACGGGAUCGAGAACUUGAGCCAGAUCAUGGAUUCUUCUCUUGGAGGAAAUUAUCCUUCCGAACUUGCAAUUUUGCUCAUUAGAUUGAUUGCUAGUUUCUUAAAGAAAGAUCCACUGCCCUCCCAACCCAUGCAUGAGAUUGUCCAGACUCUGUCCACAUCCGUCACUGCCACAACAUCUUGGCAUUCCAAACAAAGUGCCUAA